AUGGCGGCGGCGCGGAGUCGGAAGAGGCGCUUGGCGGAGCUGACGGUGGAUGAGUUCCUGGCCUCGGGCUUUGAUUCAGAGUCCGAAUCGGAGCCUGAGGGUGCCCCGGGAGCGGAGGCGCGGACGGCGAAAGGAGAUGCCCUGAGCUCGCAUGAGCCGGGCGGGAGCCGUUCAUCCAGCCGGCAGAAAGGUCGUGCCUCUGAGCACAAGGACCAGCUCUCUCGGCUGAAGGACAAGGACCCCGAGUUCUACAAAUUCCUGCAGGAGAACGACCAGAGCCUGCUGAACUUCAGUGAGUCAGACACUUCUGAGGAUGAAGAGGAGCAGUUCCACUCCUUGCCUGACACGCUGGAGGAAGCAAGUGAGGAGGAAGAAGAUGGAGUGGAGGCUGGGGACAGAGUCCCCAGGGGACUCCAGGGGAAGAAGAGGGAUUUGGUUCCUGUUACCCUCCCCAUGGUUGAGCAAUGGAAGCAGGCAGCAAAGCAUCACCUCACACCGAAGCUGUUCCACGAGGUGGUGCAGGCAUUCCGAGCAGCUGUGGCCACCACCCAAGGAGACCAGGAUGGCACCGAAGUCAGCAGAUUCCAGAUUACGGACAGUACAGUAUUUAACGCCAUAGUCACCUUCUGCAUCAGAGAUCUUUUCAGUUGCCUCCAGAAGCUGCUAUUUGGCAAGGCCUCAAAAGAUGGCACCAGCAUGCUGGGUCUCUACAGGGGGACACCUUCCAGCAGCCCGCUGUGGGGGAAAUUCCGGCUAGACAUCAAGACCUACCUGAGCUCAGUCACACAGCUGGCAAGCUGCCUGACUGAGGCGACGGUGGCAGCGGCCGUUCUCCAGCACAUCAGCAGUGCGGUGCCCUAUUACCUGACCUUCCCACAGCAGUGCCGCGUGCUGCUCAAGAGGAUGGUGGUCCUGUGGGGCACUGGUGAGGAGACUUUGCGCGUGCUGGCUUUCCUGAUCCUCGUCAGAGUCUGCCGACAUAAGAAGGACACCUUCCUGGGUCCCGUCCUCAAGCAAAUGUACAUCACAUACGUGAAGAACUGCAAGUUCACAUCCCCUAGUGCCCUGCCCAGCAUCACCUUCAUGCAGCGCACCCUGACGGAGGUGCUUGCCCUGGACACUGGCAUCGCCUACCAGCACGCCUUUCUCUAUAUCCGCCAGCUUGCCGUCCACCUGCGAAAUGCCAUGGCCAUGAGGAAGAAGGAAACGUACCAGUCUGUGUACAACUGGCAGUUCGUGCACUGCCUUCACCUAUGGUGCCGUGUGCUGGGCACCCUUUGCCCCGGCGGGGCUCUCGAGCCCUUGAUCUACCCCCUCGCACAGGUCAUCAUUGGCUCUAUCAAGCUGGUCCCCACUGCCCGCUUCUACCCAUUACGUCUGCACUGUGUUCGUGCCCUGACGUUGCUCUCGGAGAGCACGGGCACCUUCAUCCCAGUGCUGCCUUUCCUCCUUGAGGUUUUCCAGCAGGUCAACUUCAACAAGAAGCCGGGACGCAUGAGCUCCAAGCCCAUCAACUUUGCUGUGAUCCUGAAGUUGUCCAAUGUCAACCUGCAGGAGAAGGCAUACCUGGAUGGCUUGCUGGAGCAGCUGUGUGACCUCACCCUGGAGUACCUGCAGGGCCAGGCCCAUAGCAUCGCUUUCCCAGAACUGGUGCUGCCCGCUGUCCUACAGCUGAAGACCUUCCUGCGGGAGUGCAAGGUAGCCAACUACUGCCGGCAGGUGCGCCAGCUGCUUGAGAAGGUGCAGGAGAACAUGGAGUAUGUGCGCCGCCGCCGCCAGGCCAGUUCUUUUGGUGUAUCCGACCAGCAGGCCGUGGACGCCUGGGAGAAACAGACACAGGCGGAGGGGACCCCUCUUGCCAGUUACUACAGUCACUGGAGGAAGCUGCGAGACCGGGAGAUCCAGCUGGAGAUCAGCGGCAAAGAGCGGCUGGAAGACUUGAACUUCCCAAAAAUAAAGCGGCAGAGAACCAUGGACAGGAAGGAGGAGGACAGAAAGGAGUUCAAGGACCUUUUUGAUUUGGAUAGUGAUGAAGACAAUCCUGCUCUAGGCUUCCUUGAGAUGGGUACUUUGGCCCCAGUAGCUCAGCAGAGGGUGACAGCACAGGAGGAGGAAGAUGGUGGUGAUGGCAGCAGCAGUGAAGAAGUCAGUGAUUCAGAGGAUGGCGGCACAGACGUGGAGGCGGGGCUGAGCCCCAGGGAGCUGCAGAGGCUGGCCCAGGGGCCAGAGGAUGAGCUAGAGGACCUGCAGCUCUCCGAGGAGGACUGA